CCAGUCAAGCGUCGUUUGCAAGAAAGGCCUUGCUAUUUUCUCUCCUUUUAACUCGCUAAUCGCAGCGAUAAUCCGCGAAUAAUCUCCCAUUAAUCUUAUCAUUUCUAUCUUUAGCACAGCUGUAUACAGAAAUGUCGCUUCUUGAGCAAGUGAGCUCGCUUUUAAGCUAUCUCCCGGAAGUGGCCUUCCCCAGGAAGAAGGCUCCUGCUUACGCCAACCCCCCGGUUAUGGCACAACCAACCUUUCAUCUUGCUGAUAUGUCAUCGAUAACACGAAUUGCUGGGUUAUCUGGAGCCGUUGCAGUAGCACUGGGAGCUUAUGGAGGUCAUAUGAUCCGCGAUGAUGAGAAAGUGGAGAUAAGAAGGAAAAAUGCGUUUGAGGCAGGCUCUCGAUAUCAUCUAAUCCAUACGCUUGGACUUCUGGCUGCUCAUAAAGCUCGGUAUCCAUGGAUGACUACGGCUAUAUUCGUAGGUGGAAUCGUUAUGUUUUGCGGGCCUUGCUACCACUAUAGCAUCACAGGGCAAACAAACACACGAAAAUUCGCUCCGAUUGGUGGUGUCCUUUUCAUUCUUGGUUGGCUUACGUUCAUACUUUGAUAUAUCUUUGCUAUUUUGUACAGUGCUAGUCAUUAGUUCAGAACUUCAUGCAAUAAAUAAUUUCCAAAUGUACAUGUACAAUAUCACAGUUAUUCUUCCUUGUCGGAUCCAGACUCGUAUUCAUUAACAGAAUCUUCAUUUCUUGUGUCUCGCCUCAUCACUUGUUCUAUCAGACCUGCUACCUCCG